AUGUUACUUUUGACAACCUUCGUCGCUACCCUCCUUGGACUGGCCACGGCUGCGCCUCAGCUUCAGCUGGGAAGAACGACGCUAACUGGGAGAGAUAUCACCCUCCUUGGCCUCGAAUUCUUUGGAGGGAUACCUUUCGCCGAGCCUCCGCUCGGCCAUUUGCGCUUGAGGCCGCCAGUGUUGAAAACGCAACUGGACUCUCUGCCCUUCGACGCAAGCAACUUCGGCAAAGGCUGCCUACAGCCGGGCGGCAAUGUUACGACGUUCUCGGAAGAUUGUUUGACGAUAAACGUCUACAGGCCUAGUGGAACGAAAGCUAACGCAAAGCUUCCUGUUCUAUUCUGGACAUACGGAGGUGGAUUUCAGAAUGGUCUGGCAUCAAUAUACAAUGCCAGUGCAAUCGUGGCACAAAGCGUGGCCCGGGGAACGCCGCUCAUCUAUGUCAACUACAACUAUCGUCUCGGACCCCUCGGCUUCCCACAGGGUCAAGAGGCUGAUGACAAGCAUGCCUUGAAUCUUGCUCUGAAAGACCAGUUGGCGGCAUUGGAAUGGGUUCAGGCGAAUAUCGGUGUAUUUGGAGGAGACGAGAACAAGGUCACCGUCUUCGGCGAGAGUGCAGGAGCCAUUAUGACCGCCGUGCUCUUCCUUAACUCUCCCACCGAAAAAUUUGCACGAGCGGCGAUCUUCGAGUCCGGCUCCGCGGCCACCGCCCUUGAGUUUCAAGCCGCGCACCGGGAAGUCAAUUGGCAAAAUUUCGUCUCUGGGGUGCCCUCGUGCGCCUCACUAGCCAUAUCAGGAAAUACGUUCAACUGCUUGAGGGAGGCGAACUCCACGGACAUCCGGUUGGGGUUACUGAACGCCCUGGCAGAUGCCCAAGAGCUGUUUGCGUUCGAUCCGACUAUCGAUGGUCCUGGAGGCUUGUUCCCGGAUAUUGCUUCGACGUUCGUAAAUAGCGGUCGUUUUGCGAGGCUGCCGUUCAUCGCUGGGACGAAUUUGGAUGAAGGUACAACCUUCACCCCAACCACGGGCUUAACGGAGGACGACAUUCGCGCUACCAUCAUCUCCAGUCUCUCGCCACCUCUAGUCGCACCUUCCUUGCUCAACAGCACGGCGGACGAACUUCUGAAGCUCUAUCCAGACGACCCAGCCCUUGGAUCCCCUUUCAAUACAGGAAAUCAAACUUUCGGUCUUCCGCCGGGGUUCAAACGACAGGCUGCUAUUAUGGGCGAUAUCACCUUCCAGUCUCAGCGCAGGAGCUGGAUCCAAGCCGCGAGUCGCGUCGGAGUGAAGACGUAUGGGUACUUGUUCACCCAGCCUCAACCCAAUGGGAAGCCACAAGACGGAGUUUCGCAUGUCUCCGAGGUUGUCUUCGUAUAUGGGGUACCAAGUGAUAGAUCGGCGUCAGCCCUUCACCUCAGCAGCAUCAUGAUAGACUAUUGGGUGUCGUUUGCGACCAGUCUUACUCCAAACGAUGGUCUCGGAAAUCAACGUCCCAUCUGGCCGCAGUAUACUCCAGAGAACGAGGUCCUUCUCCAGUUGGACGGCGAUAAUACGACGGUCAUCCCGGAUGACUACCGCAAGAAACAGAUCGACUUCAUUAAUUCGAAUCCGGCUGUUUUUCAUCAUCGUCGGGCUCUUCUGCGACGAAGGCCAUCUGAUUAA